AGAUUGAUUAUUUUGCAGCCCUCUCCUUUUUUGUAUCUGUGCAGCUGUGGCUUUGCAGCUUUUGUAGGGCUGAAGCCAAAAUUGUUAUACCGAAUGUCUACAUUCUUCCAUUCCUUUACUAGAGUUUUAUAGUAAAUUGAUCAGCUUGGUUGAAGACUAUGUUGGGUCGAGGGAUUGAAAAGGAUGAAGAAAAAGAGGGGGAGACUGUAGAUGAGGAUGCUGAGAUUCUUCAUAAUAUGAUGGAAGCAGGAUGGAAUUUACCUCUGGCAUUUCAACAAAAAAGACACUUGGAAAGCAUCACAAGUUCAAAGCCGGUUACGCAAACAUGGAGAAUGAAAGAAAGGAUGAAGACUGUCAGUGUUGCACUUGUUCUAUGUUUAAAUGUUGGUGUCGAUCCUCCAGAUGUUGUGAAGACAACACCUUGUGCCAGACAAGAAUGUUGGAUAGAUCCAUCUAACUACACACCUCAAAAAGCAUUGGAAGCAAUUGGAAAUAAUUUGCAAAAGCAGUAUGAAAGAUGGCAAUCAAGAGCUCGUUACAAACAAACUCUAGAUCCGACCGUUGAAGAUGUCAAAAGAUUAUGUACUUCAUUGCGAAGAAAUUCUAAAGAAGAAAGAGUUUUAUUUCAUUAUAAUGGCCAUGGCGUUCCGAAGCCAACUGUCAAUGGGGAAAUUUGGGUAUUCAACAAGACAUAUACUCAAUAUAUUCCGCUAUCAAUUUAUGAUCUUCAAACAUGGAUGGGAACGCCAUCAAUAUUUGUCUAUGAUUGUUCAAAUUCUGGUGUUAUUGUCAACUCUUUCAAAAUGUUUGCGAAACAAAGGGAGAAAGACAUGCAGAUCAAUGGUAUUCAUCCAAUCGGGCCAAGCAUGUCUGAUGCUAAAAACUGCAUCCAGCUUGCUGCUUGUUCAGAAUCUCAACUUUUGCCAAUGAAUCCUGAACUUCCUGCUGACCUUUUUACUUCCUGUUUGACUACUCCAAUCAAAAUUGCACUUCAGUGGUUUUGCCUUCAAAAACAUGGCUCCCUGGUGCCCUCAGUAACUCUUUCAUUGAUUGAGAAGAUUCCAGGAAGACUGAAUGACAGAAGAACUCCACUUGGUGAAUUGAAUUGGAUAUUUACAGCCAUUACUGAUACUAUUGCAUGGAACACUUUGCCAAGAGAUUUGUUCCAAAAAUUAUUUCGUCAAGACCUACUCGUUGCUAGUUUGUUUCGCAAUUUCCUACUCGCUGAGAGGAUCAUGCGUUCAUAUCACUGCACUCCAGUUUCUCAUCCACCUCUGCCCCCUACAUUUCGACAUCCUAUGUGGGCAGCAUGGGAUCAUGCUGUUGAUAUUUGCCUCUCUCAAUUGCCCGCUAUGCUUGAGGAAGCCAGUAACUACCAGUUUCAGCAUAGUCCAUUUUUCGCCCAGCAUCUGACAGCAUUUCAAGUAUGGCUGAGGUUGGGAGUUGAAGAGCGCGAACCUCCAGAACAACUGCCUAUUGUUCUUCAGGUUCUUCUUAGUCAAGUUCACAGAUUGCGAGCACUUGAACUUCUUGGUAGUUUCCUUGAUCUUGGACCAUGGGCUGUCAGCUUGGCAUUAUCGGUUGGAAUUUUUCCAUAUGUAUUGAAGCUUCUGCAAAGUUUGGCAAAAGAACUACGACCUCUGCUCGUUUUUAUCUGGGCAAAAAUUUUAGCUGUUGAUUGUGCGUGUCAAGCUGAUCUAGUCAAAGAUGGCGGUCAUCAUUAUUUCUUGAGAGUUUUACAAGAUCCUCAUAUGUCAUCAGAACAUCGGACGAUGGCCACGUUUGUGCUUACUGAAAUAAUGAGAGACUAUCCUGCAGGACAGGAAGCCUGUCUUCAAGCAAACAUUGUUGCAACGUGUCUCGACCAAUUUGAUGACACUUACGCUGGUCCUACUACAUGGCAAUUAAGACAAUGGGUGGCAAUAUGCUUAGGUCAUGUAUGGACCAACUAUGAUGCUGCGAGAUGGAGAGGAGUUAGAGAAAGUGCGCAUGAGAAAUUAUAUGAAUUGUUAGAUGAUCCUUAUCCAGAGGUCCGAGCUGCUGCAGUAUUUGCACUUGGUACUUUCGUAGACAAUCAACCAGAAGCUGGUAGUGAUCAUGCCACACAUAUUGAUCAUAGUGUUGGUAAUGCCCUCAUCCCUGUGCGACAAGUUGAUGGAAGUCCUCUUGUUCGUAGAGAACUUGCUGCUGCAUUACAAAGAUUCGUUUCUUGUUAUGAUAGUAGUUUCUGUGCCGUAGCUUGUAGAUUUCUGGAAGAAGAAAGGAAUCUAGAUGCAUUGGCUGACCAUCAUAAAAGAUCGGCUUCUGUACAAAUGCCAUUCGGACCAUUACAUGGAAAAUCUGGAAGAAAACUGAACAGCUCGAUUUCCCAAGCUUCACUGAAUCUUACAUCGAGCAGAACAAGAUAUGAUAGUUUAGGGACAUUACCUGCAAAUGUUGCUCUGCUUAAACCUCAAAUGAGUUCAGGAGAUCUGAAUGAGUCUUUGAGUCCUGGUAAUGAUGGUUCGUACUUUCCUCCUGCGAAUCAAUUUUCUAUCAAUCCAUCUCCAUCUGUUGAUGAAGGACCAUUGACAACGAAGAGAUUAGAUAGAUUGAGACAAAUAUCAUUCUCUGGUAUACCAGCUAAUUCAGGUUUAUUAUAUAGUUCUGUAUAUACAAACAUAUGGAAAUUACUUCUCUCACUUGCAAUUGAUCCUUAUCCGGAAGUAUCCGAACUCAGUCGUACUAUCGUUAGCAAUAUUUUGGAAAAAGUACAGAUAUUUAAUCGACACAAUCAAAAAACCUCUGAAUCUCAAGAAAUGUCGUCUUCAUUACCUUCUAGUCCGAGAUUACAAAGAAGAUCGUCAACAUCUUUUGAAGAUUCCGAGAGUGAAUUGGAUUCAAAAGUCAUACCAAUACCUCUUACACCUUACUCAAGGACAAGAAAAUUAUUUGGUCGACCUCCAGAUAAUAAACCAAAUCCCAACUCGCUACCCAGACAGUCAUCUCGAGUUGAUAUAACUUCAAUAAUAACGCAAGAGAAGAUUUGUUCAACUGAAUUUUGUGAAUGGAGUGCUUCGGUUUUUGCUAAACCUUCAACAAAUGUUACCUCAGCUACAGUGGUAGAAGAAGAUCCAGUUAAACGUCAUUUAAAUUUGACAAGAUAUGUUAACAUGCAGAAUGAUAUAACAAGAAUGAGAGAAACUUAUGAUACAAGCUGUCUCAGUGAACAACAAUUUCAAUGGAAAAAUUCUCAAAUUCCUUCGUGCUUGUGUUUUCAUCCUCAUGAUAAAAGUUUACUCGUUGCUGAUAAAAAAGAAAUAAGUAUAUGGAAUUGGGAAAAAGGUGUUCGGGAAGGUAAAUUUCGCAAUGGUAAUUCCUCAAAUACAAAAAUAUCAAGUAUGGAAUUUAUCAAUACAUCAGAUGAUCCUUUGCUACUAGUUGGAACAGAUGAUGGUUGUGUUAGAGUAUGGAGGGAUUGUUGUGAAAAUCAAAACACUGGUGCCGAACUUGUUACAGGAUGGCAGGCUGCAAUUGAAUCAUUACCAUCAGCUCGUGGUGCAGGUCUUAUUUUAUCGUGGGAUCAAAAAAAUCUACAGUUAUAUACUGCAGGUGAUUCAAGAAAUAUACAAGUAUGGGACACUGUAACUGAACAACGUGUUCAGGAAUUAUCAACUGGUGCUGAUAGUUGUGUCACAUCAUUAUCUCUGGAUGAUCAGAAUAAUCUGUUGAUAGCCGGAUGUGGGGAUGGUACUAUUCGAAUGUUUGAUACAAGAGAUCAAUCUGUAAAUGGGAAAACCAAAGUGUUACGUGCUCACGAAAGUUGGGUCGUUAACACAGUAUUUCUACCUGAUCAACAAGAUUUCCUCGUCAGUUCCAGUGAAAGUGGUGAUGUCAAAAUAUGGGACGUAAGAAGUUUGGAAUCAUUGCAAUCUAUCAAUAUUCAUUCUGGUAUAAGAUGUCAGGAUGCUCAUUUGCAUUUGCCAUUAAUUGUCUGUGGUUCUCCCAAUCAAUCGAUGUAUUUCUUCAGUCACGAUGCAGAAGAACUAGCUCAUGUUAAAUAUUAUGAUGGAUUCUUAGGGCAACGUAUUGGUUUCAUUACAUGCAUGAGAUUUCAUCCAAGAUUGGCUCAUCUUGCUGUUGGGACAGCAGACUCAUUUCUAACCAUAUAUUCUGGAGAUUGUAAGUUCCAAUCACCAUGAAGAAGUAUCAGAUAUAGCAAGGCAUAUUCAAACAGAUUUGUUGUCAUAGUGCUUUUAUGGAGAAUCUACAACUAAUGUGAAGUUUAUUGUAAGCUUGCGGUACUCAAUCAGGCAUGCGAAGUCAAUGCCAACUUUGUGAAAAAGUGCAAUAACCAAAGGGUUGGAGCUUCCAGUCGAAUACAAAUUCAGUGAAUUUUUCUCUCAUGGCCUAUAAUCUGAGGGAUGGGGAAGCAACUUAAUCAUGUGCAAACCAACCCAACCGGUCUCAUCAUUAGAGGCAGUAUGGUGUAUUUCAUUUUUAGAAAUGUUCAUCAUCUAUUAUUUAUAAUUGCUGCAUUCAUAUGUUUAAAAUAAAAACUAAUGGUUUAUGUUGUAUUA